AUGGUUUUAAUUUUCAACAGACCGUCCAGACCCUCCGAAUCCACCACACAGACCCUCCAAAUUUCUCCUCCAGACCCUCCGAAUUCGCAAAUUUUCACCUCCAAGACCUUCCAAAUUCUUCCUCCAGCCCUCCGAAUAGCCACACGGACCCUCAAAUUCCCUCCUCCAGAGAACCCUUCCAAUCCUAGCCUCCAGACCCUCAAAAUUCUCAAUCCUAGCCCAGACCCUCCAAAUCUCUCCUCCAGACCCUCCGAAUCCACCUCCAAACUCCAGACCCUCCAAAUUCUCUCCUCCAGACCUCCGAAUCUAACCCUCCGAAUCCACCCACACAGACCCUCCAAAUUCUCUCCUCCAGACCCUCCGAAUUCCAGCCUCCAGACCCUCCGAAUUCCCUCCUCCAGACCCUCCAAAUUCUCUCCUCCAGACCCUCCGAAUCCUAGCCUCCAGACCCUCCGAAUUCCCUCCUCCAGACCCUCCGAAUCCUCACCUCCAGACCCUCCGAAUUCCAGCCUCUCCGAGACCUCCGAAUCCAUCCCAGACCCUCCGAAUUCCUCCUCCAGACCCUCCCUCCAGCCCACAGACCUCCGAAUCCAGAGACCCUCCGAAUUCCAGCUCCAGACCCUCCGAAUCCUAGCCUCCAGACCCUCCGAAUCCUCACCUCCAGACCCUCCGAAUCCUCCUCCAGACCCUCCGAAUCCACCCACACAGACCCUCAAAUUCUUCCUCCAGCCUAGCCACAAGACCCUCCUAACCUCCAAAUCCAAUCCUAGCCUCCAGACCCUCCCUAGCCUCCAAGCCCCCCAAGUCCAGACCCUCCGAAUUCCCAAGACCCUCCAAAUCCUCACCUCCAACCCUCCAAAUCCACCCACCAGACCCUCUAAAUUCUAG